CAUGCCUGAACCCGCCAAGUCCGCGCCCAAGAAGGGCUCCAAGAAAGCCGUGACCAAGACCGCCGGGAAAGGCGGCAAGAAGAGGAGAAAGAGCAGGAAGGAGAGCUACGCCAUCUACGUGUACAAGGUGCUGAAGCAGGUCCACCCCGACACCGGCAUCUCCUCCAAGGCCAUGGGCAUCAUGAACUCGUUCGUCAACGACAUCUUUGAGCGUAUCGGCUCCGAAGCGUCUCGUCUGGCUCACUACAACAAACGCUCCACCAUCACCUCCAGGGAGAUCCAGACCGCCGUGCGCCUCCUGCUGCCCGGGGAGCUGGCCAAGCACGCCGUGUCCGAGGGAACCAAGGCCGUCACCAAGUACACCAGCUCCAAGUAGACACAGACCCAAUACAAACCAACGGCUCUUUUCAGAGCCACACACCAAAUCUGGAGAGCAUGUGAUUAAGGCCCCGUUUACACGUAGCCGGGUAUUUACAAAAACGGAGGCGUUUUCAUGCGUUUUGGCCGUCCGUUUACACGGAAACGGAGGUCAAAGUCACCAAAAACGAUCAUUUCUGAAAACUCCGGCCAAAGUGGAGAUUUUCAAAAACUCCGUUUUCCCGUUUGCGUCUAAACAGAGGAAAACGGAGAUUUAAGCUUCAGAACGUCACAUUAUGCACCAGAAACUCACCAGCGUCAUGUGUGCGACCUGUGUUUGCAAUUAGUUUGGCCACCGUCAAUAUUUUCUUGUAUUUUACCUGUUUAAUAUUCUAAAGUCACACUUAAAAGUAACUCCCCCCCCCCGUCCAGCCUCCUGCUCAUUCAAGCCUGUGAGCGCGUCAGCCAGCAGC